CGGCCUCCCCGCGGGCCCACCUCGCGUUGAAACCUCGCUCGUUUCUCUUAACCACUCAUCAAGUCUCACAAGUCCUCGCUUCCGUCUCCUACCGCCCGCCGACGGAACCCCGUCGCCGUCGCUGGCGUGCGCGGGCGCGAUACUUCGCCGAGCACCUCGCGCGCCGCCAUGUCCGGCAGGGGGUGCCUCCCGGCGGGCGAGCUCGCCGCGCUGUCCAGGGUCUGCCGCGACGGGGCCGCAGCGGCGCGGCUCAAGACGGGCUCCCUGCUCGCAAUCCUCAUAGCCAGCGCCGUCGGCGUCUGCCUCCCCGUCGCGCUCACCAGGGCCUUCCGCGGACGGGACGGGUACGCGCGGGGCCUGCUCCUCGUCAAGUGCUACGCGGCCGGGGUCAUCCUCUCCACUUCCCUCGUCCACGUCCUCCCGGACGCCUACGCGGCGCUCGCCGACUGCGCCGUCGCGUCGCGCAGACCCUGGAGGGACUUCCCCUUCGCGGGGCUCCUCUGCCUCGUCGGCGCGCUGCUCGCGCUCCUCGUCGACCUCUCCGCCUCGUCGCACCUCGAAGCGCACGGCCUCCACCAGCAGCCGCAGCAGCAGGAGGGCCAGCCCUACGCCCCAAUCCCCACCACCAAGAAGGCCCCCGUCUUCGAGCUCACCGGAGAAAUGAGCCCUAGGAAACGCGCUUUCCUGGACGAGAGUGACCGCGACGACCCGGCGCCGCGCGACGACAAGAAUGGCGGCGACCCGGACCGGGACGACGUGGCGCUCUUCGGGCCAAAGAAAGGCGGCCGGUUGCCCCGCAGCGAUGAGCCCCUGGCCCCUAUUGUCGGCUGCCAUGGCGCUGGGCAUGAGGUGGUGGAGGUCGGGGAGGGGGAGGAGGAGGAGGCGAGGAAGAAGCAGAAGAUGGUGUCCAAGGUGCUGGAGAUUGGGAUAGUGUUCCACUCGGUCAUCAUCGGGGUGACCUUGGGGAUGUCGCAGGACGUCUGUGCCAUCCGGCCGCUCGUCGUCGCGCUCUCCUUCCACCAGGUCUUCGAGGGGAUGGGCCUCGGCGGCUGCAUCGCACAGGCUGGUUUCGGAAUGGCAACAGUGGGUUACAUGUGCAUAAUGUUCUCAGUGACAACACCAUUGGGAAUACUUCUUGGGAUGGCUGUCUUCCAUAUGACUGGUUAUGACGAUAGCAGUCCAAACGCCCUAAUAAUUGAAGGCCUUCUUGGUUCACUCUCUGCCGGAAUCCUUGUCUACAUGGCGCUAGUCGACCUCAUUUCUCUUGACUUCUUCCACAACAAGAUGAUGUCGUCAUCUCUGAAACUGAAGAAGGCCUCUUAUAUUGCAUUGGUGCUUGGAUCUGCUUCUAUGUCGAUAUUAGCUCUCUGGGCAUAGGUCAUAGCAAAAUGUGUAGAGGGAUCAUUCUCAGAUUCCAACAUCUGGCAUAGGUUUUGUGAAGUUCAUUGAUGACUGAACAUGUACUUCCCCUAUGUAUAUCUGAAAUGACACGUUAUGGGGAAUUGGAAAUGGAAAUUGACCAAUGCUUCCAUUA